GGUUAGAGAUAAACUCCUAUCUCUGUUUCUAAUGUGAGGUAUUUUCAGUCGAAUUUAUCCACACACUAACCAGACCAUUUUCCCUGCCCAAUCCAGUGAAAUAUUUCAUAGAUUUUCCGACCGAAAAUUAGUAUCUUCUCGUUGUGAUAAAUCAAGUGAAAUGGCAUCAAAGAUAAUUCUUUUACUAUUCUCUCUCUCUGCGUUGCACCUGGAAUACGUUACUGCAAUCCGAUGUUACGAGUGCUCCUCCAGUGACAACAAAUACUGCAAUGAUCCUCCGGAUACGGGUAGUCUGCAACCGGUGGAUUGUGGGAAUGGAGGUGUCUGUACAAAGGAGAUUCUCACGGUGUUUGACAAGACAGUGGUAUCCAGAUGGUGCGGAGAUGCAAAUUUCUGCAAAAAUGUCGAUGAAUCAAUAGCCACUUGUUCCCUCUGUCUCACGGAUCUCUGCAACUCCUCAAGCUUCCUCAAAAGCUCUCAAGCUCUCGUCAUCCUGACUGCCUUUUUGGCCUCUAUCGAGGUACUCAGAAGAAUGUUUGCAGUGUGAUUUUCUAAAUUAUGACUCAUGUUUGUGUGUUCAGUGAUGUUAAAAUACACAGUAAAAAAUUAUUGUUACAAAAAUUUCAACAAAAUUUCAAUAAUGUGUGGUUUUUGUGUAAAAAAAAUUGGGCAUUUUUGAGAAAACCAAAUGUAAAUGAUUUUUAGUAUAUUUUGCUACAUAGGAAAAAAAAAUAAAUGAUUUAUUACGCAAAAUUUCUACAUGAGACUUUCGAAGCAAAAAUCGGCUAUUUUAAUAGGGAAAGUCUUAUACGAUAGAUUGGUUUUACUCUCAACAACUCACAUGUUGGUAGUCUCUAUAUUAUUUACAAAUUUAAUAAAUUAUCAAAUUCGUAUAUAAACUGUCCGAGUCCAAAUUGAAUAAAAUACUUCUGAAAAUUUGGAAUGCAUCAAAA